AAAAGAAUAAUUUAAAAAAUAAGAAAAGUGAUGAAAAUCUCUUGCAACGGGACGGAGGGUCUAGAGGUAAAUCUAAUCGGGAGUGGUAAUCUGGUAAUAUUCACGGCGGCGGGUCUAGUAACGAGGAAGAUGAACAACGGGAAGGAGCUGGACUCUCUCCGGCCAACGGAAACCGUGGAGCUCGAGAGCGGAUUGUCACUGAUCCCGCGCGUCAAACUCUUACUGACAGUCUCCCGCGCCGACAAGUUCGUAUCCCCACUAGACGAGUGGAAGCUGAAGCGGUCGCUGAUUGAUUACUUGAAGAACAAGCAUUCCGCGACCGUCGAAGAGGACGACCUCCAAAUCCGGAGAUUCAAGGACCUCAGCAAGCGCAAGCGCGACGAGCCGGUAGCUCACGGCAGCCUCUGUAUUCGAGACCUAGGGUUUCUGGAGAAGCUCUUAAGCUCGAAAGCUGAGAAGGACGAUGCCGGGGCAUUCGAGAAGAGAUUUCGGGAGUGGAGGAGAGGAGUCGUGGAGGGAAUGGAUGGUAUGGAGGUCAAUAUUGAAGGAGCUAAAUUCCGGCUGAGUGCUGUGCUGCCGGGAUCUGAUGAUUUUGAAGGGAUGAAGAAGGAAUGGGAAGAGAUUGCUGCUUUUGGAGGCCGAGGGUUUCAGAAGGGCUCAAAUAUACAGCCUGAUACAAUUGUGUUGAGAGGUUUGCCAUCGAGAUGGUUUGCAGAAAUACGGGUGUCUCCAAAGCCUUCCGUGCUUGUCAGCCAUACAAUUUUUUCAAUGUUUGGGGAGAUUAGGAACCUCGAUGUGUCCGAGGACAAUAGCAUAGAUAAGGAUGUUGGAGGGAACAAAGUGGAUACUAUUUCAGGGCUCCAAUGUAAGAUUGUGAUUCGUUUUGAGAAGCACAAGGACUUUUGCAGUGCUUUGAAGGCGCUUAGUGGCCGUUCAUUGCUAAAGCAAGGUUCGCGCUUGGUAGCUGACUAUGAUGUCAGCUGGGACAAGGAUGGGUACUUCUUAAAUGCUAGAAAUCGAACUGGAGAAAGAGAUAGAUUGCCGUCUGUAAGGAACACAUGGAAUGAAAUGGAUGAAGCACCGAGGAGCAGAUCACAAAACUUUAGUCGUGUUGAUGGUCGCACAAAGAGAUUUAAGGAAUAAGACUGUGUUGCUUCAUUAUUCAGAAGCCCCGGUCCAUGCACUCCCAUUUGGACUUCAGAGAUGGAACUCUUAGCUUCAUAUAUGUUUGCAGUGGACACAGAAUUACAAGUAAUGAGAAGGGAAAUCAUGAUAAAGGUGAGGUCGUUUUUAAUGAACAGCAUCUUCCUGAAAUGUUUCUAUAUAUGCAUUUUUUUGCGGAUUCUUAAACCUUAAAAUGUUACACUAUUACUAAGGUUGUUGGCCU